UAGCAACCUUCCAAAUCACACAAGUUACAAGAAUACAAAAUGGCUCAAACAACAGUACUCUUCUCCCUCCUCACCCUCGCCCUAUCUCUGGCCGCCACAUCCCACGCCGCAAACUUCGAGAUCUGGAACCUCUGGGUGAACCCGGGCACCGCCAUGGCCCGCAUCUGGGGCCGCACCGGGUGCAACUUCGACGGCAGCGGGCGCGGGCGGUGCGAGACGGGCGACUGCAGCGGCGGAGUGGAGUGCAGCGGGUGGGGCGUCCCUCCGAACACGCUGGCGGAGUUCGCUCUGAACCAGUUCAACAACCUGGACUUCUACGACAUUUCCCUGGUGGACGGGUUCAACAUUCCGAUGGACUUCUACCCAGUGAACGGGGCCUGCCACAAAAUCAGUUGCACGGCGGACAUUAAUGGGCAGUGCCCAGGCCCAUUAAGGGCCCCCGGAGGGUGCAACAACCCUUGCACUGUUUUCAAGACGAAUGAGUAUUGCUGCACCAAUGGGCAGGGUAGCUGCACGGCCACUAACUACUCCCGUUUCUUCAAGGAUAGGUGCCGUGAUGCUUAUAGUUACCCUCAGGAUGACCCUACAAGUACCUUCACUUGCCCCGCCGGUUCUAACUACAGGGUUGUCUUCUGCCCCCUCGGAUAUCCUCAUGUUCCUCUUCUCAUGCCUACUACCACCGCCACCCACUAAUCCAUCCAUCCAUCCACUUUCCGCUCAAUAAUAUAAUUCUAUCACCCAAACACAAGUGCAGUUUUUUGUUAAAACUUCAUUAUCAUCAUUAUCAAUAAGCUCCUUUGUCACGUGUUUAAGAAGAAAAUGAAACCUUGCAGGAAAUCACUCGUCAAGAUCUAUGUGGUCUAUAUAUACAGUCACUGUCUUUCACUUUU